CCAAUGUAACGUCCACACCACCGGAGAGAGAGCGCAGAGAGGCUAAUCAAAAGUCUCUCUCUGCUCUCGUCUCUUCUCCCUUCGUAUGGACUGAUCUAUUCCGAUUCCAUUCAUUUCCCGAUUGGAGAACAAACACCAUGAAAUCCUUCGGUUGCCUCCCUUUUCUGCAUUUUUUCAUUCUACUUUUUCCAUUUCUCGCCGCCGACGGCGCUUAUGUUCCCUCCGAUCAGAUCCUCUUUGAUUGCGGCUCCUCCUCGGAGGCCGCCGACGCUGACGGCCGCAAAUGGCUGGCCGACUCCACCUCCACGUCCACCCUCACGUCCAAGAACUCGAACCCCGCCACCGCCGCGUUUCAAGACCCGUCUCUCCCCUCCGCCGUCCCCUACAUGACCGCGCGCAUCUUCUCCUCGGAAUCCACCUACAAGAUCGCCGUCAACAAGUCCGAACGCCACUGGGUGCGCCUUCAUUUCUACCCCUCCACCUACGACGACCUCCCGCCGGAGAACUCCUACUUCUCCGUCUCCACCGCUGACGGCAUCACUCUCCUCAAGAAUUUCAGUGCCUACGUCACAGCCGAGGCCCUCACGCAGGCCUACAUUGUCAAAGAAUUCUCCCUCUUGCCGUCCUCCGACGGCAGCAUCAGCCUCACCUUCACGCCUUCCGACAUGUACAAUGGCUCCUUCGCUUUCGUCAACGGCAUCGAGGUCGUGUCGAUGCCUGACAUCUUCGACGAGCCGGCCCAACUGAUCGGCUUCUCCGAUCAAAAUGUGGAGGUCGGCACCUCUGCGCUGCUGACGAUGUAUCGGCUCAAUGUCGGAGGCCAGUACAUACCAGCGACCAAUGACUCCGGCCUCAGCCGGACUUGGUACGACGAUUCCCCUUACCUCUACGGUGCUGGUUUCGGCGUCACCUUCUCGGCAAUUGACGAGCUCCAGUACCAAGAUGGAUCGCCGGAGUUCAUCGCCCCCGCCGACGUCUACCAGACGGCGAGGUCUAUGGGCCCCGAUCCAAAGGUCAACAUGAACUACAAUCUCACGUGGAUUUUCCAAAUCGACGCCAACUUCACCUACAUCGUCCGCUUCCACUUCUGCGAGCUCCAGAUGACCAAGGUUAACCAGAGGGUAUUCGACAUCUUCAUCAACAAUCGCACCGCUCAAGAGCAGGCCGACGUCAUUGGUUGGACCUCCGAGAAGGACGUCCCGAUGCACAAGGACUACGCGGUGUACGUCGCCGAUCAGCCCGGCGAAGACCAGAUAUGGGUGGCACUGCACCCCUCUGCCUCGGCCAAACCAGAGUACUACGACGCCGUUCUCAACGGAUUGGAGAUCUUUAAGGUGAGCGACACUACUGGAAACUUGGCCGGUCCCAACCCCGAGCCCUCUGCUCUAAUGGCGGAAGCGGAAUUGGAGGCGGAUCGGCUCAGCUUCCAGUCUGAAUCCACCGGCAAGCAGCAUAUAAUCAGCAGCGCGGCAGGUGGAGUUGCAGCUGCCAGCGUCGCCCUUGCCAUUUUCCUUGUUGUUCACCAGCGAAAGAAGAGGAUGGACGCAAAUGACUCAGCCGGUGGCAACUGGCUUCCUCUCUACGGUGGCAACUCUUACACAGGAAGCUCCACAGUCUCCGGCAAGAGUACCACGAGCAGCCAUUUGUCGAACUUGGCCGCGAAUUGCAGGUAUUUCUCCUUCCCGGAGAUCAAGAAGGCAACCAAGAGCUUCGACGAGUCGCUUGUCAUCGGAGUCGGAGGAUUCGGCAAAGUCUACAAAGGAAUCAUUGACGAGGGAACUAAAGUGGCGAUCAAGAGAUCCAACCCUUCUUCGGAGCAAGGUGUGAAUGAGUUCCAAACCGAGAUAGAGAUGCUCUCGAAGCUAAGGCACAAGCAUUUGGUCUCCCUCAUCGGCUUCUGCGAAGAGAACGAAGAGAUGAUCUUAGUUUACGACUACAUGGGACAUGGCACUCUCAGGGAGCAUCUUUACAAGUGCAACAAGCCUCCCCUGUCAUGGAAGCAGAGGCUGGAGAUAUCCAUCGGAGCUGCUCGAGGGCUUCACUACCUCCACACGGGUGCAAGAUACCCCAUCAUUCACAGAGACGUGAAGACCACCAACAUACUGUUGGACGAGAAUUGGGUGGCCAAGGUUUCCGAUUUCGGGCUGUCGAAGACCGGCCCGACGAUGAACCAAUCUCAUGUCAGCACGGUGGUGAAGGGCAGCUUCGGCUACCUCGAUCCAGAGUACUUCAGGAGACAGCAACUGACCGACAAAUCCGACGUCUAUUCAUUUGGGGUGGUUCUGUUCGAGGUGCUGUGUGCGAGGGCAGCCUUGAACCCGAGCCUUCCGAGGGAGCAGGUCAGCCUUGCGGACUGGGCACUACACUGCAAGAAGAAGGGAGUUCUUGCAGACAUCAUCGAUCCCCAUCUCGAAGGGAAGAUCAGCCAGGAGUGCUUGGAGAAGUUCACCGAAACGGCGGAAACAUGUCUGUCGGACCAUGGAGUCGACCGGCCUUCCAUGGGCAGUGUGUUGUGGAACCUUGAGUACGCACUUCAGCUGCAAGAAAGCUUUGAGAGUGGAAAGCCCAUCGCCGAGGAGGGUGAUGUUAAACCUGCGUCAGUUGCUAGCCAAACUGACACCUUUAUCGCUGGAAGGGAACAUAGUGAGGAGGUAGACGAUGGCCUAAGCAACACUGCCGUGUUCUCCCAGAUGGUUAAUCCUACAGGAAGAUAAAAAAAAAAACAAAAGUAUCAUGCUCCUGCUUCACCAA